AUGUCCGAAGAAAUUGUAUUUGAUUGUCUGCAUGCGGAAAUUGUAAAUUACUGUUUGGAAGGAAAUAAGGAGAAUGAUUUUUCUACACUGGAAUAUAUUGGAUUCACUACUGGUUAUCGUCUCAUCGAACGUAUGACACGAGAUGUUUCCCGUUUCAAAGAUGAACUGGAAACCAUAAAAUUCAUUUGUACAGACUUCUGGACUUCAAUUUACAAAAAACAAGUAGAUAAUUUACGUACCAACAAUCAGGGUAUCUAUGUUGUACAGGACAAGGCGUUUCGUUUUCUGACACGUAUUACACCAGGUGAAAAACAGCUGGAACAUGCACCAAAGUUUGUUGCAUUUACUUGUGGUUUGGUACGUGGAGCAUUAAGCAAUCUGGGCAUAAAUAGUAGCGUUACAGCAGAAGUUCAAAGUAUACCGGCUUGUAAAUUUCACAUAGAAAUUAGUAAUGCUUAA